UGCCCGUCCGAAGGAGGCGCAGACCUGUUCUACAGCCCGCACAUGUAAAUGAACUCGUUAUGUGUGUUAGACAUGAUAUAGAGCACAUCGUUACAUCGCUUAUUUAUUAAUUUGUGGUAAUAUUAAAAUAAACACUCCCGUAGGGAAAAUUGCCUACGAAUUAAUCGACAAUCGAUGGAACUUUCAUAUCAAGCCAUGAAAACAGCGAAUCAAGCGAGAGAAGCAGACGAACUGAGAAACGAGACCAGAAGGCGGAAUUUGCUGAUCCUGAUCUUCCACUAUCUGAAGGAGGAAGGGUAUAUGGAUGCUGCCGGGGUCUUGGAGCAGGAGACCAGUUUUGGCCUCCAUAGGUUUGAAGCCUGUGACAACAUAGACUUGGAAACCAUUCUUAUGGAAUAUGAAAGCUAUUAUUUCAUCAGGUUCCAGAAGUAUCCCAAGUUAACCAAGAAGGUACCAGAAACAUGUGAAAGCAGACAGGCACGAAGUAGUGGUAAAAAAAGGACCAGUUCAGCCUCCCACACGUUGCCCAGGAUCAGCUCCACUCACUGCCCCUCAUCCAGGCUGAAGAAGGCGGAGUCCAAGACGGUGGCCAAGGACGGCAGCAAAACCGCCAGCGAGAAUGGACAGUCAUCCCCACCUGAGAUGACUGAAUUUGGCCUAAAUGUGUUGCCCAUCAUCCGGAGCGGGGCGGGAGAGGCGGCACAAGUGAAGAGGGCUCAGCUGCUAGACUAUCGCACCCUGAUCCAUGAUGCUGUGAGAGGUGUCUCCAGUGAGCUGACCUGCCACUCAGACCCCACGGACCGCCUGUUGAAACCAAUCAGCGCCUUCUGCGGUAUGAACGCUGAGACCAGAGAGCUUGCAGCAAUUAUCAGCAAGGACAUCUAUUUACACAACCCCAAUGUGAGGUGGGACGACAUUAUCGGGCUGGAGGCCGCCAAGCGAUUAGUCAAAGAGGCUGUCGUCUACCCCAUUAAGUACCCACAGCUGUUCACGGGCAUCCUCUCUCCCUGGAAGGGUCUCCUACUCUAUGGACCCCCUGGCACAGGGAAGACCAUGCUUGCAAAGGCAGUUGCCACAGAGUGCCACACGACCUUCUUCAACAUCUCCGCCUCCAGCAUAGUCAGCAAGUGGAGGGGCGACUCAGAGAAGCUAGUCCGGGUUCUGUUUGAACUGGCCCGGUACCAUGCUCCUUCCACCAUCUUUCUAGAUGAGCUGGAGUCUGUCAUGAGCCAGAGAGGAACUGGCCCAGGAGGGGAGCAUGAGGGAAGCCGUAGGAUGAAGACUGAGCUCCUGGUACAGAUGGAUGGUCUGGUACACUCUGAUGACCUGGUUUUUGUGCUGGCUGCUUCAAACCUGCCCUGGGAGCUGGACUAUGGCAUGCUGCGUCGCUUGGACAAGCGGAUCCUGGUGGGUCUGCCCUCGUGUUCUGCUCGCCAGGCUAUGAUUGCACAUUGGCUGCCACCACUCAGCAACACAGAGGGUGUCGAACUGCGCACGGAGCUGGACUACGGCAUGCUGGCACAGGAGACAGAAGGCUACUCUGGUUCAGAUAUUAAGCUGGUGUGUAAGGAGGCUGCAAUGAGGCCCGUUCGGAAGAUAUUUGAUGCACUCGAGGACCAUGAAGGAGGUAACUCAAAGAUGCCUGUGAUCCAGCUGGAGACCGUAACAACAGAUGACUUCCUGGAGGUGAUUGCUCACACCAAACCUUCAGCCAGAAACCUGACUGAUAAGUACAUGGCAUGGGAGAAAGAGUACGAGUCUGUCUGAAAAAAGGAACGCUCCCAUACUCCAACCUUAUUGCCGUGGCUCAGCAAUUACAUCAUACUAGCUGCCUACAUGGACUUCAUCACACAUAAUCUACAACUUAUGUUUUGAAUAUAUUUAUUUAUAUACAGUAGGCUCUUAGCAUUAAGGGCAACCUGAAACACCACCUUGUUAUCAUACACACACACCAUCUGAAACCACUUGUCCCAUACGGGGUCGUGGGGAGCCGGAGCCUAACC